AUGACAAUAGGGACAUGGAAUGUCAGGACCCUCCUGGACGUGAACAAUUACAGACCAGAGAGAAGAACUGCUCUUAUCACCCAAGAACUAGCCCGUCUAGAUAUAGACAUUGCUGCCUUGAGUGAGACAAGACUCUCAGGUGAGGGACACAUUAGUGAGGUACGUUCAGGGUACACCAUCUUCUGGAAGGGAAAGGAUGCAGGAGAACCACGCAUCCAUGGUGCAGGAUUUGCCGUAAAAACGAAAAUAGUGAAAGAUCUUCGACUUACACCUGUCUCAAUUAAUGAAAGACUGAUGACUCUUAGAGUACCCAUUGGUUCAGACAGAUUCAUCACCUUCGUCUCUGCAUAUGCUCCUACUUUAGACAGUGAUGAAGACACAAAGAAUCAGUUCUACCACCAACUGAACAGUACUCUCUCUAAAAUACCCAUUCAAGAUAAAUUAAUUUUACUUGGUGAUUUCAAUGCCAGAGUGGGAAGGGACAACCGUUUUUGGAGAGAUGUCAUGGGUAAACAAGGGGUGGGAAACUGCAAUGCAAAUGGGUUGCUACUUCUUGGUCUGUGUGCUGAGCACGAGCUUUUCAUCUCCAAUACCCAAUUCCGUUUGCGUAACCGCUAUAAGACCACAUGGAUGCACCCACGCUCCAAACAUUGGCAUCUUAUAGACUACGUUAUUACGCGACAGCGUGACAAGAAAGACAUUCUCAUCACAAAAGCAGCACUAAACAUCGAUGAGUGCUGGACAGACCAUAGACUUUUAGUCAGCCGUUUGAGAGUACCAAAGUAUCGCAAGCCACGAUCCCACUUUUCAAACCCACCACGCAGAAAAUUCAACAUAAGCAACCUGAACAACAAAAAUGUUCGCUCACACUUCCAAGACAUACUGUCCGAACAACUUAACAAAGCUCCAGCAACCACAGAUGACGUCGAACAAGAAUGGACCACAUUAAAGAACAUCAAAGAAACUGCUGAGAAUGUUGUUGGUUGUAGUGCACGGAAAAGAAGUGACUGGUUUGAUGACAACCACGGAGAAAUCCAAGCCAUCAUCAAUGCAAAGCGGGAUGCUUACCUAUCCCUUGCUCAAGAUCCAUCCUGCGCAGAAAAGAAAGCACACUUCCUAGAACUCAAGCAGAAAUGUCAAAGUGAAAUACGAGUAAUCAAGAACAAAUGGUGGCAACAGAAAGCCACAGAACUCCAAAAUCUUUCUGAUGCAAGGAACCUGCGUGGCUUUUAUGCUGGUAUUAAAGAGCUGUAUGGACCUAUCCGCUCAUCAUCAGGAGCACUUAAAGCUGCUGACAACUCCACCAUUCUUACUGAAAAUACUCGCUUACCAACAGACUUCGAGGACUUGUAG